AUGGGCAUCUUCGAUAAGAAGCCCCAAGCUGCGGCGGCCGAGGUCGCCCAGGAGGAGGCUCCUCAGUUUGAGAGAGUCAACUGGCGUCAGGAGCCCGGUCUUCGCAAGCUCUACUUCUUCGCCAUCAUUCUUUGCGUUGCCUCUGCUACCACCGGUUACGAUGGUAUGCUUUUCAACGCUGUCCAGAACAUGGAGCAGUGGGACAGCUACUUCGAGAGACCCAGAGGUUCCCUCCUCGGUCUCGUCGGUGCUCUCUACCAGAUUGGUUCUUUGGUCUCUAUCCCUAUCGUCCCUCUCCUCGCCGAUAACUUUGGUCGCAAGCUCCCCAUCGCCAUUGGCUGCGUUAUCAUGAUUGUCGGUGCCGUCAUCCAGGGUUCUUGCACCAACAUCCGUGUCUUCAUGGGUGGCCGUGUCCUCCUCGGUUUCGGCAACUCCCUCGCCCAGAUCUCGUCUCCCAUGCUUCUCACCGAAAUCUGCCAUCCCCAGCAUCGUGGCCGUCUUACCAGCGUCUACAACUGCCUGUGGAACGUCGGUGCCUUGAUCGUCUCCUGGCUCGCCUUCGGCACCGCCUACGUCCCCACCGAGUGGUCGUGGCGUGUGCCCGCCCUUCUCCAGGCCCUCCCCUCGCUCAUCCAGCUUGCCUUCAUCUACUGGGUCCCCGAGUCCCCCCGUUUCCUCAUUGCCAAGGACAAGCACGACCAGGCGCUUGCCAUGCUCGCCAAGUACCACGCCAACGGCAACGACCAGCACCCCACCGUCCAGUUCGAGUACCAGGAGAUCAAGGAGACCAUCCGUCUCGAGUAUGAGGCCAAGGGCAACUCCAGCUACGCCGAUUUCUUCCGCACCAAGGGCAACCGCUACAGAUUCGCCGUCCUCAUCUCCCUCGGUAUCUUCUCCCAGUGGUCUGGUAACGCUAUCAUCUCCAACUACUCCUCCAAGCUCUACGACUCGGCCGGUGUCACCGACCAGACUGCCAAGCUCGGUCUCGGUGCCGGCCAGACCUGCCUUGCCCUCAUCGUCUCCGUCACCAUGGCCAUGCUUGUCGACAAGGUCGGUCGCCGCCCCAUGUUCCUGGCCUCCACCGGUGGCAUGUUCUGCACCUUUGUCUUCUGGACCAUCUGCUCUGCUCUCUGGGACACCAAGCAGUCCCCCGGUGCUGACAAGGCCAUGAUCUUCUUCAUCUGGAUCUUCGGCAUCAUGUACUCUCUCGCCUGGUCCGGUCUCCUCGUCGGCUACGCCAUCGAGAUCCUCCCCUACAAGCUCCGCGCCAAGGGUCUCAUGGUCAUGAACUUGUCCGUCCAGUGCGCUCUCACCCUCAACAUCUACGCCAACCCUGUCGCCUUCGACUUUUUCGGCCCCACCAACAGCACCUGGAAGCUCUACCUCAUCUACACCUGCUGGAUCUUCCUCGAGCUUGCCUUUGUCUACUUCAUGUAUGUCGAGACCAAGGGCCCCACCCUCGAGGAGCUCGCCAAGAUCAUCGACGGUGACGAGGCUGAGGUUGCCCGCGUCGACCUUAACCAGGUCGAGAAGGAGACUCAGAUCAGCGAGACCAAGUCUGCUUAAAGCAGUUGGCUUGUUUUUAGCUCUUGCUUUUUGUGGGAAAAAAGGCGACUUGUUUGAUGUUUUGUUUUGCGUGCGCGCGAUUUUGAUGUCGCUUAUUAUUUUGAUUCGGGACAUUGAAGAUUAUGUGUUUACGCGAACGAUGAACAAAAAAAUAUUGAAGUUGCAUAGCGGUGGAUUUUGUUUAAUAUGCGCGCGCGUGUCUCUGUUGUUGGAUGGAAUAAUCUAUUUUUUACUAUAUACCCCCCCCCCCAAUACUAUUACUACCUCAAUACAAGCCACCUACUCAAUAUAUGUGUUUGGAAAAUUAUG